UGUUGUCUUUAGCAGCGUCACAUUUCACUGCCACACCCCCAUCAUGAAGUUCCCUGUAAAGCAGCUUUACUUUAUUUUCUUGGUUUUGUUUCUUGGCAUUUCUGCAGAUCUGCAAUCCCCAGAGGUCCAAACAAAGCUUGGCAGACUGAAAGGCCAGUAUGUGAGCGUGAAGGGGAAGGAGAUGGGUGUCCAUGCCUUCCUAGGUGUCCCCUUUGCUAAGCCCCCCCUGGGACCCUCCCUCAGACUGGCUGCACCUCAGCCCCCAGAGGGAUGGUCAGGAUUGAGAGAUGCCACCAAGCAACCCAAGAUGUGCAUUCAAAGCAAGGAAACUGCUAAUGAGCUACUGGAAAAACUUGGUACCCUGAACUUAGAAGUCCCAGAGCUUUCAGAAGACUGUCUGUACCUCAACAUUUACACUCCUGCAAACAGAGAUCCUGAUGUGGAGCUUCCUGUCAUGGUGUGGAUCCAUGGUGGAGGUUUUGUAGUUAGGUCUGCUUCAACAUAUGAUGGUUCUGCUCUGGCUGCCUAUCAGGAUGUGGUCCCAGUUGUAAUCCAGUAUCGACUGGGAGCUUUGGGUUUUCUCAGGUAUAUGGGUUACUGAA